AUGACGGAUGAACAACAUCGUAAAAGUAAAGGUCAUAUUGCUUCAAAUUUUAAUUCAAAGAAAAAAGAGAGUAUUCGAAUAUUUGUUCAACGAAAACAUUUAUCACAUGGUAUUUUACAUAAGCCUAUUCCAACUAAAUCACAUACUAUCGAACAUUUAACUGCAACUAUAGAAAAACAUUUAAAUGUAAAUAAAAAAAAAUCGCGAAAUAAUAAACAUCUUAUUGUUGUUAAUUAUAAACCGGUAUUUGUUCAUUCUCGUCAACAAAAAUCAACAGAAUCAAAAACAGUACGAACAUGUCCAUCAACCAAUGAAAAAUUUUCUUCAACAAAUCAUAAUAAUCGACGAUCUAGUGUCACAACGAUACCAAUUCAUUCAACAACGAAUCAUACUUUAAAUCGAGAACCACUCUCAUUUGAUGUGCCGGAUGUUGAAGAUCCAUUAAUGUUUAUUGAAAUGAUGUAUCAACAAUUAUUUACUGAAGAUGGACAAUUACGAAGUGGAGCUGAACCAACAGUUUUGGCAAAUUGUGUUAAAGAAAUUAUAACAAAUUCCAGAAGAAAUUCGAUGACACGACGAGAUUCGUUAACAUCAAAUUUCCAUCAAGAGAAACGUUUGUUAACACCAUUUACUCAUUCAAUGUCAUCAAAAAGAACAUCAAUAUCAUCACCUUGUUUCUUCACUAAUACAUUUAAUAAAGAGGAAGAAGAGUUUAGUACACUUUUACAAUCAAGUAGAACAUCUGAUAUAUCCAGACGAAGUUCAAAACGAUCAAGUAUAGAUAACACAGAUCCUCGUCUGCAACAACUUUAUGCACUUUUUAAUUCAUGUUACCAUCAUCCGAAACAAACAUCACAAAAUCAAAUUACAACUAAUCCUAAUUAUCCUUUUUCUAUUGAUGACACAGAUAAUGAAGAUUUCGAUACAUUUUCGGAUUUCAAUUCUUGUCGUAAAACAAUUCGUACAUCACUACCAGAAAGUCUUGAUGAAGAUACAACUCAUACUGAUUCAAAACUUUUAUUUUCAUCUGGCUAUCAAUCAUUACAAUCAUCACAACCAAUUAAAUAUAAAACACAUUCAGAAAAUGAUCAGUAUUAUUGUCCAAAUUGUAUAUAUAUACCAGAAAUUAUUAUUACACCUCCAACAACAUCAUUGAAUAUAAUUCAACCAAUACGAGAUGUAUUUAUAAAAUUUCUUAAUUUUGUUUGUAUUUCAAAAAAUAUUUUUCUUCUACCUCUAUGCGUUUUUCUUUUACGCCAACGGUCAAUGUCAAUAUCUUAUUAG